AGCCCUGAUUGAUGGUGACCAAAAGUGUUGUUUGGCUUCAAUUCAAGAACGCUUUUUUUUACAGUUCCAUAUAUUUUUUUUAAUGUCUUUGAAGUUUUGAGUGGAGUAGGCAAUGCCUUUUGAAUUCCAAGGACAGCUUCUUGGAACUGAGGGUAAAGAUUGCUGCUUGUAGAAUGGUGUUAAAAGAUGUCUAAAAGAGUGGCUAUGAGGAGCACGAGCUUGACUUAGGUCAAGGGGUUAUAACUUCAGAAUUUUCUCUGUUUCUUCUAUGGAGAGAGAGUAACUUGUAUAUUUUGUGGGAUUUUAAUCCUGCUACUUAUUUUUUUGUUUGAAUAUUCAUCCAGGCACUUACUUUUCUUUGAUUUUUUAUUUCUAACUUUUUUGCCAAGAAAUUUUUUAAACUGAGAAUUUCCUGCAUUAAGUCCCCCCAUUCCGAGAGAUUUAUUGGAAAUUAUUCCAAAGUUAGAAUCCUUCAUUAAUAUGUAAAACACCGUAUAUAUAUAUAUUUGUGUGUGCGUGUGCGUGUGUGUGUCUGUGUUUGUAUUAUAUAAACUUCCCAUAUCAGCAUCUUUCCUCAACAAUAGCAACACAUUUAAGUUGAUGAAUUUCUAGAUUUGAGGAAGAUGAGAAUACUGUUUAGGCAUGGCCUAUGGCAAUUCCUCUGCAUUUCCUUCUUCUUUUUCUUCUUCUUACAUGCUCAGUUUAUUACUUCUUUGUCUUCUUCAGAAACAGGACUCUGUCCUCAUGAUCAAAGCAUUGCUCUGCUUCAAUUCAAGAACAUGUUUUCCACUGAUGUAGUUUCUGUUUGUGAUCAUCCAGAAACCAAUAUUGCUUCGUGGAAUGAGGAUGUGGAUUGCUGCUCUUGGAGUGGUGUGACUUGUGAGGAUGAGACAGGCAAUGUGAUUGGCCUUCAACUCAGUUGCGGUGGGCUUCAAUGCACCAUUCAUUCCAAUAGUAGCCUUUUUCUCCUUUCUCACCUUCAGAGGCUCAACCUUGCUUACAAUGACUUUGAGCGCUCUCAAAUUUCUCCAAAGUUUGGUGAGUUUCUAAAUCUGACACAUCUCAACCUUUCAUCUUCUGUGAUUUCUGGUGAACUCCCAUUUGAGUUGUCUCAUCUAUCCAAAUUGGUUUCCCUUGAUCUCUCUGACAAUCCUGGUCUAGAACUUGAAACAUCUAUGAUGAAAAGUCUAGCUCAGAACCUAACCCACUCGAGAGAACUUUUUCUCCAGGGAACAAGAAUGGAUUCUGUCUCUCCUGAUUUCAUGUUGAAUCUACCAUCAUCUUUGACCUCUCUCAAUCUUUGCUUAUUCUGGAAUAACGGGGAACUUCCCAGCUUCUUACAUUUUCAGUCUACCAAACCUCCAAAUUCUGAACCUUAG